UUUUCAGAAGUUUUUAUGGUGAGAGAGAAGACUACAGGAAAACUGUAUGCCCUGAAAUGUCUGAAGAAAAAACACCUUGCUCAUAGCAACCUGGAAAAUGAAAUCAAUGUGCUGAGAAGGAUAAAGCACGAGAAUGUGGUGGGACUGGAGGAUUUCUAUGAGAGUCGAACACACUAUUACCUGGUCAUGCAACUGGUGUCAGGCGGGGAGCUGUUUGAUCGCAUUUUGGACAAGGGGGUUUACACCGAGAAGGAUGCCAGCACAGUGAUCAAACAGGUGCUGCAGGCCGUCAGCUACCUGCACGAAAACAGCAUCGUACACAGGGACCUUAAGCCUGAGAACCUGCUUUACUACAGCACAGAUGAGAAUGCUAAGAUCAUGGUCAGUGACUUUGGUCUGUCUAAGACGUUGGAGCACGGUGUCAUGUCCACAGCCUGUGGUACACCAGGAUAUGUUGCCCCUGAGGUUCUGGCCCAGAAACCCUACAGCAAAGCAGUGGACUGCUGGUCCAUUGGAGUCAUCACUUACAUCCUGCUCUGCGGCUACCCUCCGUUCUUUGAAGACAACGAGACUCGUCUGUUUUCAAAGAUCAUGAGAGCUGAGUACUCUUUUCAUUCACCCUUCUGGGACGACAUCUCUGAGUCAGCCAAAGACUUCAUCAGGAAUAUGAUGGAGAAAAACCCCACAAAACGCUUCCUUACAGAACAGGCACUCAGACACCCCUGGAUUGCUGGAAACACCGCUAAAGACCUGAACAUUUAUCAGUCAGUCAGUGAACAGAUGGAGAGAAACUUUGCCAAAUCCAAAUGGAAGCAAGCCUUCAACGCAGCCACAGUAAUCCACCACAUGAAGAAACUGCAGUUGUCCCAGUGUGAGUCCGCCCCCUCUCCCCUUUCUAUGCCCCACAUUUUAGUAAAUUCCUCCUCCCAGAAUGACCUGGAGACCCUGGAACCCUGCUAUGAUAAGGCUAAUGUCCUCGACCCAAACGGGAAUCACAUCCAUGCUGCCAGUCAUCUUUCCUGCAGUAAUAAAGGUGUUUUUCCGCCACUGAGAGCCAGUCACAGUGAGCCUGGCAAUGCGCUCGCCAUCAAUGAGACAGGAGAAGUCAAUAACUUUCAUUCAGAGAUCGACGCUCCUUACAGGCCAUCCAAGAGUAUGGAUGCUGUGGCUCAGAGGGAGGAGCAGCCACUUCAGUCCGGUGUGUGUUCUGUCAUGUGA